UUUUAAAUCUUGUGGGAGGAGAAUAUUUUUUCCCCAUAGAGUUGGGAUGAAUAGUCAUUCUCCCAAAUAAGAAAGAAGAAGUAUAUUCCAAAGAUAUUUUUUUUCAUUUCAUUCCAUCCCCUCAUCUUAGAUAAAGGCUAAAGGAGGAGAGUGUAAUGGUCAAAAAAUAAAAUAAAACUGCAAACUAUAAGAAUUAAAGAAAUCAGAUAUAGCCAAUUCAACCAUGGCCUCACAGUCACAAAUUCACCAGCUUCACUUCCUUCUUAUCCCUUUAAUGUCCCAAAGCCAUCUCAUCCCUUUCACUGAAAUGGCCAAACUCUUUGCACACCAUGGCGUAAAAGUUACCAUUGUCCUCACACCCCUUAAUGCAGCUCGGUUCAACACAAUCCUUGAACAAGCAAAAGCCUCAAACCUCAACAUUGAAUUUGUUUCACUUCGUUUUCCUGGCCAAGAAGCUGGAUUGCCUGAAGGAUGUGAAAACUUGGACGCCCUCCCUUCUCUCAACUUAUUACUACAAUUUUUUGCAGCAUGCAACAUGCUACAAAAGCCGCUAGAAAAGUGGCUAGAAGAGUUAGAAUCUUUGCCUAACUGCAUUAUUUCUGAUAUAUGUCUUCCUUGGACCACAGAGAUUGGCCUCAAUUUCAAGAUUCCGAGGCUUGUCUUCCAUACAACAUCUUGCUUCUGUCUAUUAUGUUCUCAGAACAUAUCUUGCUCUAAGGUGCUCGAAGGAGUCACAUCUGAAUCCCAGACAUUUUUGGUGCCCAACAUGCCAGAUAGGAUUGAAUUCACUAAAGCCCAGCUACCUGAAGUAACGACAAAAAGUUUGGAUGAAUUCACAAAUUUUGUGAACCAAUUUAAAGUGGCUGAGCUAUCGGCACAAGGGAUAGUGGUUAACACAUUUGAAGAGUUAGAGCCAAGGUACGUGGAAGAAUACCAGAAAGUGGUGAAGAAAAUUUGGUGCAUAGGGCCGCUAUCUUUAUGUGACAAAGCGAUAUCUGAUAAGUUUGAAAGAGGGAACAAGACCUCUAUUGAUGAGCGCAAUUGCUUGAGAUGGCUAGAUUCAAUGAAGCCCAACUCUGUCAUUUAUGUUUGCUUUGGAAGUCUUUGUGAAAUGUUGGCAUCACAAUUAGUGGAGCUUGCUUUGGCCUUAGAAUCAUCCAACUAUCCGUUCAUUUGGGUUAUUAAAAGGGGAAAGUAUUCCGAAGAAUUAGAAAAUUGGUUAGUUGAAGAAAAUUUUGAAGAGAAGAUUAAAGGGAGAGGUCUUAUAAUUCGAGGAUGGGCACCACAAGUUCAAAUACUAUCCCAUUUAGCAACCGGAGGGUUCUUAACGCAUUGUGGUUGGAAUUCUACACUAGAAGGAAUAAGUGCAGGCGUGCCUAUGAUAACAUGGCCUAUGUUUGCUGAGCAGUUCUACAAUGAAAAGUUACUUGUUCUAGUGUUGAGGAUUGGUGUGAGGGUGGGAGCUAAGACUUCUGUUAACUUUGGGGAAGAGAAGGAUAAGGUGUUGGUGAGGAGUGAGGAUGUGAAGAAGGCAAUAGAACAGUUGAUGGGUAAAGGAGAAGAAGCAGAAGAGAAAAGAGAGAGAGCUAGAAAGCUUGGAGGAAUAGCUAAGAAAUCAGUUGAAGAAAGGGGAUCUUCUUACUUGAAUGUGAAGUCGUUGUUCCAACAUAUAUCAGAGAACAAGUCAAUCAUCGGGUGAUGUAGAACAAAGUUUUCUGUAAUCUUUUUAUAAGCUUGAGAAUAAAAGUCAAGGCGGCGGAUUAACGCUUUAGGCAAUAAUUUUUAUCCCUUAAAUGCGGAUGAACGCUUAACUUUGUUCUUUUCUUUAAGCAUAUUUUUUUUGGCUAAGUUGAUAAUGGUAUUGCUGUAAUGCUCUUCUAAAUUCUAUGAUAAUUUUUCAAAUGUAUGGUGAAUUCUACAUUU